AUAUAUAUUCACCAAUAAUAUUUAUAACACUAUCACUUAAUUAUUAACAACGAAUAAUCUAGUGCGUAAAUAGUCCAUAUGGAUGCAAAACAAGAUAAUAUAGGUUCCGGAAGUGGUAAUGACCAAAGAGGAAGAAGAGAAAAUAAAUACCGAGGUAUCCGAAGGAGGCCGUGGGGACGUUACGCAGCCGAGAUACGUGACCCGACUAGAAACGGGGCACGUUCAUGGCUAGGAACGUUUGAUACCGCGGAGGAAGCAGCCAGGGCUUAUGAUAGAGCUGCCUAUGCAUUAAGAGGUCAUCAAGCCAUUCUUAAUUUUCCUAAUGAUGGACAUUACCGAAAUAAUGUUGAUCCCUCUUCUACGGCCGCGGAGCUCCCAUCGAGCUCAAGUAGUUCUUCUUUAGUACCGCCAUUAUUGCCACAAAACUCGACAUCAAGAGUGACUUCGAGGGACAACAACGAAAGAGUGGAGCCGGUGAUCGAAUUGGAGUAUUUUGAUGAACAACUUUUGGAAGAUCUUCUUGGCAAAGAUUCUUACAAUGCAAGGAAGUAACUAAUUAAUUACUUAACAUGAUAAUGUAUUAUUUGAGGAGUUUUUUUUUGUACGGAUGAGACCUUUUUUUGGUCUCAAUGGUGUUUUUAAUGUUUUUAGGAAAUCUUUUGGUAAAAGUACAAACUCUAGAGUUUGAAAGGCAGGAAUUUGUCACGUAAGGCAAAGGAGACGUUUAGAACGUUGGACUUGUGCUAAAAGUACCAAGAGUGACGUUUAGAACAUUUGGCUUAUCAUAAAAUGCCAAUGAAGGCAAAGGGAUGCGUUUGGAAGCUUUCACCUUUGUGACAAGUCCGACAUUUUAAACGCCACUCUUGCUACUUUUUGCAGAAAUCUAUGUUAUAAACGCCUCCCUUGGCUUAUGUGGUAAAGUCAAGACUUUCAAACGUCAGAGUUCCUACUUUUACAAAAAGGUUUCCCAAAAACACUAGAAACACCAUUAAAACUCGAAAAAUUCAUCUUUACAAAAUUUUCUCAUUUGAGGAUUUGAUUAAGAAAUUUAUGGGACUUCAGAUAAA